CCGACUCAAACAUUCGACUCGACACUUCUCAAACCCUAAUUCCUGUAAACUCUAUUUAAACUUCUAAUGUCCAGUCUUCUUCCUCAACUCCCCGCCUCCUAAGAUUUAGCUCUCCUUUCUUUCAGAUUCGUUGUAUAUAAUUUUUUUUCUUUUGAUCUGCUUCUCCGAUUCGAUUUUCCUGGAAAUUUCCAUUUUAAUUUUUUUUUUUUAAUUUGGAUUUUACAAAAAUCAAAUUAAAAAUUAUUUUCUUUGGUUGCAUCUGUUUUACCCUCUCCUUUUUGUAGCAAAAAAAUGAAUAACGCUAAAGGAGAUAUAACGGAGGCAGAUAUUGAAAAGGUUAGCUUAUCAGCCCAUCGCAUUUUAUUUCUUUGCCUUGGUGUCAAAUGGACUUACCCAUAUUUCUUUUUUUUAUUAAAAAAUUGUUGCUUUUUUUGCUUUUUUAUUGUUAAUGGCAAGAGAUGAAUAUUUAUCUUAUCCUUCUUUCUGAUGAACCCUGGAGAUUCUAAUUUCCGCUUAUUGAUAUUCUGAUGCCCUUUUUUUUUGUGAAUUUAUGCUUUGAAUUUGAAAGUGAAGGCAAAUGAUGUAAAAUUUCUUAUCCUAAACACUGAAACAUGAAUGUAGACUGAUAAACUCCGCUUAUUAUCUGAUGCCUUGGCUUUUUUUGGACUAAAGCUCGAUCUUUUUCUACCCUUUUUCAGUUUUUUGUUUAUAAAGUUUUAAACUUUGAUUUUUUUUUUAUGAAUUGAUGAUUUGGAAUUUUCAAUGAUGAGAAGAAGCAGACGGGCGGUCUGAAUCUGAUGCCAUGUUGUAUGUCUGCAAUUUUCCACUUGUGGAAUUUCUCUGAGUUAUUAAUUAUUUCUCUGUUUUCUGAUUUUCCUUUUUAUUUCAUGGUUUGAAGCUGAAAAUAAAUCUUUACUUCUUUAUGCAAUGAUGAAGUUGCUUUAAUUAUGUCUGGACAUAUGAGUUAGCCUAUGAUAAGCUUAUGCAUCUUCUGAGCAAUGCUGUAGUAUCUAUCUUUCUAUAUGAUUCUAUGUUGAAAUUUAACUCUUGAAAAAGAUUUAGAUUUUCAAAGGUUUUACUUAAGUGAUGGCUCUUGAUUUUACCAGGAAUGUCUCUUGAGGGUGUAGUAAAUACUUGAUUUCUGGUUCUUCAUGGUAGACAAAUGUCACCUGAUUUCUUCUGUACUUGUCUUUGAUAAUUGAUAAGCAUCUAAAGUUCUGUUAUCAAGCACCCUAAGAGUAUUGGUAAUUUUUCAAUUAUGGAAAAUUAUGUUCAUUUUUCAAUUAUGUAGAAGUUAUGGAAAGUUAUAAUCUAAAUGCAGUUGUUCAAUUAUUGUGGUCAUUUUUCUCGCUUUGGAUGUAGAUAUUUCCUUAAAUAAAUCUUAACAAGUGCUCUUAUGGAACUUGUUCUUACUAAACUGUGUUUGUACAUGGAUUUAAGGGAGAACGUAUGUGUUUGCAAAGACCUUAUGACCAUGUUGGUGUUAUCUAGAAGUUUUUUUAGGUGAAGAUUGUAAGAUUGUUGAGACUUUUACAGUUUCUGUCGAUCUGCCCCACUGGAUUUUCAGCUUUGUAUAAUCUUUAUCAACAUCUAUGUUUGGCUGGGUCAUAUGUUUAAUUCUAAGGCAAUCCUGAGAUUUGUUUUUUUCUGGUAACAGAAUAUAUGAAGUGUUGAUUAGGUUAAUGAAAAAUUGAGCGGCAGUAGGGUAGGGAACCUCUGCUAUGGUACUGCCCACUCGGCCAAAUGAGCAUGACACUUCACCGACUUUCUGCUCUCUCUCUCUAAAAAUACCGACAACGAAUUCUGUUCUCUACUCUCUUACCCUUCACUGCUUUUUUAGCAAAAAAAGGGAACUUCUUCACAAUUGUGGUUGAGAGAGCUGAAAAUGAAGGACCAAGAUUCACCCACAACACUGUCAAUUCCAAUGAGUUCACCGCAACAAACAACAGGUAGUGUUAAGAAAGAUAGCCCUGUAGCUGGUUUCUUUGGUAAAAGUGGAUAUAAAUUCUGGGUAUUGGCUGCAACUCUCUUGCUUGCUUUCUGGUCCCUGUUUACUGGCUCUGUUUCUCUCAAAUGGUCUUCUGCUAAUCUUACUAGAUUCUCUGAUGACAAUCAUUUUUCUAUCCAUAACGAUCUCGACGUCCUCGAAUUGGAGGAAAGAGAGAAGGUGGUGAGGAAGAUGUGGGAUGUUUAUACGCAUAGCGCUAGCGCUCGUUUGCCAAGGUUUUGGCUUGAAGCUUUUGAGGCUGCUUAUGAAUAUUUAUCAAGUGAUGUUCCUGGAGUUCGAGAAACUGCUAUGUCUGAGAUUGCUAAAUUAUCUAUGCCCUCCCUAAAUCUUGAUUCGGCCUCAGCUCAAUCAAAGGUUUCUCAUAUUUGUCAUGUUGUUAUAAUAUCCAGAGCAGCAGUCGAGGGAUAAAGACUUCCAAACAAGCUAAUGAAAAGAAGAUAGCUGCAGCUAGGACUACCUUAUAACUGGAAUUUCCAGUCCAGUCCCAGUUCGCACCUAGCAAUAUCUCAUACUGCUUCAAGUUCAGAGGAAAUAGCAAUUAGCUGGUGUCCAAUUUUACCUCUUCCAUCAUUGAAUAAGUCGUUGGAAGCUUGAAGUCUUCGGAUGGAGUUUUCUAGUAUUAGAUUUAAAACUGUAAAAAAAAAAAAAAAAAGUAUUUGUUGUCAAGUGGAGGGCAGGAAACUUCAGUGUGAACCUGCUGGACAAAAUGGAGGAACAAAAUUUGCCUCGUCCAUUGUACUGAUACCUUUUGUUUCGGGUUUGCGAGAAAUCAGUAUUUUAUUGUAUCCUUCGUAUCUGAAAUUUC